AUGGCCCCAUUCGUCGCGUUUUUCGUGUCUUUCGCGCUUGCGCUGGCCGCUGGCUCUGCCCCAACACCCUCGAAGCGCCAGAUCGGCAACCUGCAAUGCAACCUCGCGCGGCUGACGAUCAUCAACUCCGUCACUACCGCGAAGGACCUCAUCACAUCCAUGCAGCAAGCCAACUCGACCAUUAAGGACAUCCCGACCAACUCGGCAUUCUCGGUCGCGCAGACGGGGCUGACAGGAGUGCAGGCCGCGAUCCAGGACAUCCUCGAUGCAGUGCUCGUCGACGAUCCUGCGCCGGAGGUAACCCGUGGGGAGGUCGUCGGCGGAAUCGAGGCCGCGCUGACGGCGCUCAAGAGCGCACAGGGAACAAUGAAAGACGGAAGCCUCAAUGCAACGCUGAGCAAGACUCUGGACGUGGUCAACAAGAGCCGCAAGGACGCGAAGAACGUCAUCGUGAACUGCACCGUGCCAGCAACUGGCAGAGAUGAAUGA